AUUUUGCAUGUGUGGAAGAGUGAUGACUUGACUCUUCUCACAUGGUUGACUUGGUCUCAGAAAGCUUCUCUCCCUCUCUUUCUUCGUUCUUUCUCCUUCUCUUUAUCUUUUCACAGCCACAUCAAUAAAAGCACAAUCAUUCCCUCUCUCAACUCUGAACUCUCCCUGUUCCAUUCAAGCCUACAACCUAUUACUGCAUUUAACGAAACAUUCCAUGUUUAAGGUCACAAUAAUCUUCUGUUUCUGCAAAGCUUGAGGGAGAACGAAAACUGCUGAAGUAGAGUCUAAUCAUGAAUGGAAAAGGACAUAGAUUUGUGAGGUUUGAAGAUUGGCAAUCGGAGUCAUCUUUUAGCAUAGAGCAAAACGAUCACAAAAGAAGACCAAGUGUGUUUGAAGUUUUGAAGAGUAUAGGAAGAAGGGUUGAGGGUAGUUCAGAGAAGAUGAAGAACUUAAGAAGAGUUUCAGCUGUUCAUCCCUUAAGUGAUGGACAGAAAAAGCUGCCACCUAGGAAGAAAAUUCUUGAUCCACAGAGUUCAAUGCUUCAGAAAUGGAACAAAAUCUUUGUAAUUUCGUGUGUGUUGGCAGUCUCUGUGGACCCGUUCUUCUUUUACAUUCCAGUGAUUGGUAAUGAGAAAAAAUGCCUUGAGUUGAGUGGGUCAUUGCAGAUCACUGCCAGUGUUUUUCGCACCUUCUUUGAUCUAUUCUACAUUCUUCGCAUAAUCUUUCAGUUUAAGACAGGGUUUAUUCCCCCUUCUUCUCGUGUUUUUGGAAGGGGUGAGCUCGUUGAUGAUCCUUUGGCUAUAUCGAAAAGAUACUUAACUUCAUACUUCAUCAUCGACAUUCUAUCAAUUAUUCCACUUCCACAGGUGAUUGUUUUAGCCAUACAUCCAAACAUGAAAACAGAUCCAUUUAUAGCAAAGGAUUUGUUGAAGUAUUCUGUAUUAAUCCAGUAUGUGCCAAGGCUUCUGCGGAUCCAUCCACUGUUCAAAGAAGUAACUAGAACUUCUGGCAUAUUGACUGAUACAGCAGGGGCUGGAGCUACUUAUAAUCUUUUUCUUUAUAUGCUAGCAAGUCAUGUAGUUGGAGCUUUCUGGUAUUUGCUCUCAGUAGAGUCAGAGCUGCGUUGCUGGCGCGAAAAGGUGAAGGGUGUAGACUUGAGUUGUAGAAACCGCAUCGCAGAAGACAUUUCAGCUCUCAAUAAAUCUUGUUCUUUGGUGGACCCUGAUGAUAUCAAAGACCGAGAAAGCUACAACUUUGGAAUCUUUUUUGAUGCUUUACAUUCCGGUGUGGUAAAAUCAACCACAGAUUUUCCUAAGAAGUUCUUCUACUGCUUUUGGUGGGGUUUGCGCAAUUUAAGUUCUCUUGGACAAAAUCUCAAGACAAGUACUUAUGUACCAGAGAUAAUAUUUGCAAUCUUCAUUUCCAUCUUUGGAUUAGUUUUAUUCUCGUUACUUAUUGGAAACAUGCAGAAAUAUUUGCAAUCUACAACUGUUCGAGUGGAGGAGAUGAGAGUGAAGAGACAGGACGCAGAACAGUGGAUGUCCCACCGUAUGCUACCUGAGAACUUGAAGGACAGAAUUAGACAAUAUGAACAGUAUCAAUGGCAAGAAAAUAGGGGUGUUGAGGAGGAGGCAUUGAUUCGUAACCUUCCUAAAGAUCUCAGAAGGGACAUAAAGCGUCACCUUUGUCUAGCUUUGGUUAUAAAGGUGCCAAUGUUUGAGAAAAUGGAUGGGCAGUUGUUGGAUGCAAUUUGCACUAGACUGAAGCCAGUCCUUUAUACUGAGAAGAGCCAAAUUUUUCGUGAAGGAGACCCAGUUGAUGAGAUGCUUUUCAUUAUGCGUGGAAAAGUCUCUACUGUGACGACAAAUGGUGGAAGAACUGGUUUCUUCAACUCCUUGUUUCUGGAAGCUGGUGCAUUCUGCGGAGAGGAGCUUCUGACAUGGGCCUUGGAUCCUAACUCCUCCUCGAAUCUUCCCAUUUCAACUAGGACAGUGGAAACCAUAUCAGAAGUUGAAGCCUUUGCUCUCAUGGCGGAUGAUUUGAAGCUUGUUGCCUCCCAAUUUCGCCGUCUUAGCAGCAAGCAGCUCCAACACGCUUUCAGGUUCUAUUCCUCACAGUGGAAGACAUGGGCUGCAUGUUUCAUACAAGCAGCUUGGCGUCGAUACUGGAAAAAGAAGGCUGAGAGGUCUUUGCACGUAGAAGAAGACAAGCUACAAGAUGCUUUGACAAAUGAUGACGGCGCUACUCUGAGCCUUGGCGCAACCAUAUAUGCAUCAAGGUUUGCUGCCAAUGCACUGCGAAACCUGAGAGAAAACAACAGACAGAAUAGAAUGCAACAGAGACUACUGCCUCUGCUACCUCCAAAGCCAGCCGAGCCAGACUUCACUUCUCUGAAACACUAACUUGGAUAUAUAUAGGAGUAAGGACAUGUUAUCCAUACUGCAUAGCUGUUGUGUGUGCAUAUUUUGGGAGGGUUUCUUAAGAAUUCAUUCAAUAAAUUAAUGUAUAUGUCGUAGCCAAAGCCUUUCACACGAUGUAUUUAAAUUUAACAAUAUCUAUGCAGAAUACAAACAAGAUGAUUGAAUUACA